AUGGGACCAAGUUGGGAUGGGAGACUCAACUUCAUCUUUGCGAGAUGGCCUGGAGACAACGGUCUCAUCGAUCGACGAGGCGUUGCUUGGCCACAAGCGCAUCCGAAAGAAACUCGAGCGGCCAAGGGUGCUGCCACAAAGGCCAAGAAAAAUGAUCGGGCUCCGCCUUCUUCAAUCAGCAGCAACAAGGCUCGCCAUGACAGUGACGGCAACCACGACAAGAAGCCGCCCGCCAAAAAGACCACAACAAAUUCCUCCAAGAAGCAAGCUCCUUGUGCUUCCUUCCCCUCCACUUCUGACAAUGCUCCUGUCACCCCUGUUGCACCGGAUGAUGUUGGAAACGAGCCCGCUCAUUCCGAAGAGAAGAAGGCCAAGGAGGUCGAUCCGUCAGGUGGCGAGGAACAAAACGACAUGACUGAAACUGACAAAGCAUUCUUCAGAAGCUAA